AUGCCCGAGCGCAUCACGGUCAACGGCUACGACGUCGAGGGCGGCGUCGUGACCUACAACAUCUCCGUGGGCGACACGCUCACGCUCACGAAGCGCUUCCGCGAGUGCGUGGCGCUCAGCGACGCGCUGAAAAAGGCCGACCCGUCGGUGGCGGCGCUGCCGAACCCGCUGCACCACAACCUGCGGUCGACGGAGAAGCUCGCGAAGACGCGCGUCGAGUCGCUCCAGGAGUUCCUCGCGGCGCUGCCCCUCGCGAGCCUCGCGAGCGAGGACUGGGCGACGUUUCUAGCCUCGCCGCCGAGCGACGACCCCGCGAGCCCGGACAAGGGCGCGACCCUGCCGGACCCCGACGCGCCGCCGGCGACGCCCGCGGGCAAGGCCCCCGAGCGGCAGAACUCGCCGUCCUUCUCGGAGCACAACACGAGCGACGACAACGGCGAGCGCGCGCAGGCGCGCCGCUUCACGGAGGCGGGCGACGCGGAGGCGUCGGCGGCGGCCGUCGCGUCGGCGCUCGCCGACGCCGCCGUCGAGGAGGCGCCGGCCGCGGAGGCACCGCCGCCGCCGCCGGCCGUGGCCGUCGCGUCCGCGGCGGACCUCGCGAGCUUCGCGGCGGAACCGCCCGCGGGCGACGCGCCCGCGCCGCCGUCGGGCUUCGGCUGCUGGACCGUCCUCGCCGUCGUCUUCGCC